UUUUCCAGAGACGUGCUCAGCGUCCCAGAGCCUUCCGACCCUAUGACUCAUAGUCAUGGGAGUGGAUACUGUGUCAACAAGGCGACCAACGCGUGGGGAAUGGGGCAGUAUCUGAUCGCAAAGCUUUGAUCUAGGGUGUCCAAUGCGUUGCCCAUCUCUCUACUAGCCGUGCUCCUGCCGUAUACGUCGGCUCUCUGAACGCUCGUAGAAUUCCUUGAAACACCUAAGGGGAGAGAAGGGAGCUUAAAUGUCCCUCUUCCUGGGUUUGAUUUCCUUAGAAUACAACACCUUGGUUGGGGGUGGGCGGAAGAGAAUCUGAGCUCCGAGGAAAGUCAGGGUGGAGUCUAAAGCGCUCUAGAGGAAGUUGGGUGCUGAGGCUGAGGCAGCAUGACGACGGAGACCUUCGUGAAGGAUAUCAAGCCCGGGCUCAAGAAUCUGAACCUCAUCUUCAUUGUGCUGGAGACAGGCCGAGUGACCAAGACAAAGGAUGGUCACGAGGUUCGGACCUGCAAAGUGGCAGACAAAACGGGCAGCAUCAAUAUCUCCGUCUGGGACGAUGUGGGCAACCUGAUCCAACCUGGGGACAUUAUCCGGCUUACCAAAGGGUACGCUUCAGUGUUCAAAGGUUGUCUGACACUGUACACUGGCCGUGGGGGUGAUCUUCAGAAGAUUGGAGAAUUCUGUAUGGUUUACUCCGAGGUUCCUAAUUUCAGUGAGCCAAACCCAGAGUACAAUGCCCAGCAGGCACCCAACAAAACGGUGCAGAACGACAGCAGCUCUACCGCUCCCCAGCCUACCACAGGACCCCCUGCUGCUUCUCCAGCCUCUGAGAGCCAGAACGGGAACGGACUGACUGCCUCACCUGGUCCUGGUGGUGGCCCACAUGCCCCUCACACUCCUUCCCACCCUCCCAGCACCCGAAUUACCAGAAGCCAGCCCAACCACACAGCUGCUGGCCCUCCUGGCUCUUCCAACAACCCUGUCAGUAAUGGCAAAGAAACCCGGAGGAGCAGCAAGAGAUAGCAAGACCUUCUUCCUCACGUCCCACCACUGACCAUAACCCAAGUGUCCGCUGAAGAACACAGCCUUCUACUGGGCUGCUGGCUUGGGGGUGGGAAGAGGUAGGUAGCAGUAUUUUAGCCACUAAACUUCACUGAAGGGUGGUGAGAAGUGGCCUUAUCCACCCUAAGCCCAUACUCUCCCCUUGUCCAGCUGAAGCUGCCCGUGCCCUGGAAUUCGGGGCCCUCUGCCUGCCUUUCUUCCUCUUUAAAAGCAACAGUUACAGUCUCUUUCUUCUUCAUGUAUAACAUGGAAGUCUAAUUGAAUCCCUUCUUCUCAAUAAAUGUUACCACUCUGUACUGGA